AUGCAAGGAUGCUGGGCUCUCUCGCAGGACGCCACUGGACGAGGACCGCAUUCAAAUGCCGCAGCAAUGCAACGACAGUCGAGGGACCCAAAAUCCAGCAAUCCACUAUCUCACUACACUGAAAGAAAUAAUAGCCCCAAGCUAUAUUUUCAUAGCUGA